AUGACUUUAAUUGCUUCAUUAACUAAACUCGGAUCAGUUCAAAACAACUCUAUCAGUAAGAGUCAAAUCAAUAGUUUGAGUGGUGCCACUUCAAGUCAAUCAUCAAACUCUGUUGCCAGUCAUAAUCCAGAUGUUCAUGUUCUUAUCGUUGGAAGAUAUCCUUGGUAUUCCACUCUUUGUUUCAUGCCGAUGUCGAUCUCUAAACCGUGUAUUCUAUAA